GGCUUCAGUCGUGUGUUCCGUGAAAAAAAACAUGUUUAAAAUGUUUGUCGUUUUGUGUUUAAUGUUCGUUGUGAGCGGCGUGUGGUCGUCGUGCGAUUCGUGCGGGCGCGAGUGCAGCGCGUCGUGCGGCACGCGCCGCUUCCGCGCGUGCUGCUUCAACUAUCUGCGCCGCAAGAGGGCGCCACAUGCCGUACAGGUUCACCAACUCAUAGAAAAUGUGAAGAGCCAAGAAAAUUCAGAUUUCCCAGUUUUCCUCAUCGAAGAUGCUCCCUUAUCAGAACGGCUGAUCAGCAACGUCUUGCCAAGCGAAUACCAACCCUAUACCACUGAUAAUUUAGUCGAAAAUCAAUUAGAUUAGAUUUAUGUAAACUGGAAAACUUCAAUGACUGAUUUAUUUAAUGUAUACUUAUUAUGUAUCAUAGUUUAACGUUUUGUAAUUCUGAUAUUUAUUUUCAAAGAAAUAAAGUUUAAACUCGUAUAAACAA